AUGUCCAUGGACUCUGGGGUCUACGUCAAUGGAGAAUACACAGAAUCAAACUCUGAGGACCAUUACUCGCUGUUCAAUCCAAAAGACGGCUCUCUGGUAGCAGAAAAGAUACCAAUUGCCGACCGCGUGGAUGUCGACAAGGCUGUAAAACACGCAGAAGCUGCAUUCAACGGCCCAUGGGCUACUUUUAGUGCAGCGCAAAGAUCAGAGUGCUUGAGAAAGCUGGCUGAUUUGCUGGAGACGAGGCUGCAUGAAGUUUUGCUUCUCGAUUCUCUGACGACGGGAAAUCCAGUGUCUCUGAUACCGACGAGGGAAAAGAAUUAUAUAAAGAAUAAUCUUUUAUACUAUGCCGGCUGGACCGACAAGUUUCGAGGUGAUUAUUUUCCCGCAGAUGACGGAAUCGUCAAACUCGUGCGACAAGAGCCUAUCGGAGUAUGCGCUGCCAUCCUCCCGUACAACUCACCCGUGGCAUCCAUCUUCCUCAAAGCGGCGCCAUGCUUGGCAACAGGCAACGUCCUCAUCGUGAAGCCAUCCGAAAAAGGCCCGCUGGGCUCUCUGGCAAUAGCGCCUCUCUUUGAAGAGGCUGGAUUUCCUCCAGGCGUGUUCCAGGUUGUGUCUGGCGAUGGCCGGACUGGAGGGCUGCUGGCCGAGCAUAUGCGUAUACGAAAGAUCAGUUUCACGGGCUCGGUUGCGACGGGAAAGAAGAUUCAGAUUGCGGCUGCGCAGAGUAACUUGAAGCGGGUGACUCUAGAGCUUGGCGGCAAGAACCCCGUGGUGAUAUUUGAAGAUGCCGAUAUCGACAAUGCAGUGACUUGGACCACCAAUGGAAUCCUGGCGCGAACCGGCCAAGUCUGCGUUGCCGCCUCUCGCCUCUACGUCCAAAAAUCCAUAUCCGAAAAGUUCAUCUCCCAAUACGUCGAGAAGAUGAAGGCCGCAAGUGCCGGCAUCGGAGACCCCCAAGACCCAGACACAAAAUACGGCCCUCUCGCAGACUCCCUCGCCUUUGAAAAGGUCCGCGCCAUGAUCUCUCGAGCCAAAGAAGAAGCAGAGCUCGUCGUGGGCGGUAACCAAAUCGGCACAGAAGGAAGCUUUAUGGAGCCAACUGUGUUUGUGAACCCGAAGCCCGACGCGGAGAUUUACAAGAGCGAGGUGUUUGGUCCCGUGGCUGUCAUCAAGACGUUUGAGACUGAGGCAGAAGUGAUUCAAGCGGCAAACGAUACAGAGUAUGGAUUGAUGGCGGGUGUCUUUACGAGAGACAUUACUCGAGCGUUGCGAGUCUCGGCUCGGAUCGACUCUGGCGUGGUGGGCGUCAACUGCGUGAGCAUGAUGAGUGUCCAAGCUCCCUUUGGGGGGAAAAAGGCAUCGGGAAUAGGGCGAGAGUUUGGCGAAUACGCUCUGCGGGCGUUUACUGAGCCAAAGACAAUUCUGAUCAAGUAG